AUGAAGAACAAUUUUUCAUCAUCGAGUAUUAGUGAAUCUCGACUGAAYAUUGGACCAACGUUUGCCRUCUCGUUGAUUGUCGUCAACUCUUGCAGCUCCUUUUUGGCUUCCAUCUUGAACUUYUUGAUCAUUUUGACUUUUGUCAAGACGCCCUUAUUACGGAAACCUUCGUAUAUUCUUAUUCUUUGUUURUCMAUCGCCGACUUUGGUGUCGGUGCUGUAGUGCAGCCGGUAUACUGCGUUGAAUUGUUUGCASAAAUGAAAGGCUACGAAUCAGUUAUUUGUACGGCGUUGUACAUUAGAAAGUCUAGUUCAUGGGUAUUAGGGGCUUCAUCUUUGUCGACGAUCACUGCCAUCACCAUCGACCGUUUCCUUGCUCUUCACUURUAUCUAAGAUAUCAAGAACUUGUUACUGCCAAGCGGUCGUAUAUAACCGCCAUCGUUAUUGCUAUUUUAAGUGCUUUCGGGAUUUUAGCUGUAUGGUUUCACGUUGCCGCAAUGAUCUUUGGCUUUUGUUUCAGUGUUCUCUUUUUGGUUAAUUUUGUUCUGAUGGUGAAAAUUUCUCGAUCCUUAAGUAGACAUUCUGCAAAUAUUCAUCCACAAGAGCAAGCAGUACGAGGAAGCUUGAACCUUCCACGAUACAAGAAGACUGUGAAAACAAUGCACUACAUCAUGGGGACAUUUGCAGUUUGUUAUAUUCCAGUUGGUAUURCGAAUGGGCUGCGUCUGGCACACUCUGKAGUACCACCUUCUUUGAAUGUUGCACUGAYUCUAACCAACACACUCUGGUUGAUAAACAGUGCRUUGAAUCCAGUYAUCUACUGCUGGAGAAUACAAGACAUGCGAAAUGCUGUUGUGCAGCUGUUUCGAAACAUUUAA